CGUGUGCCGUCGGCCAGAGCUGCACUGUCAAACGGAGUUGCGCGACGCCCUUCACCUGGGCAGGUGGAGCAGUGCACACUCUCCUCUGGGCAGUUGUCACAGCUGCAGCGGAGUGUCAGUCUGUAACACAACUCUCUCCAGCUCGCCGCUCGUCACUGCCGACUACUUCAGACUUUCAGUUUGACCUUGUGUUGCAUCGAAGUUUGUGCAUUUUCGGACUUAACCAACAAAGGAAAUAAGAGACAAAGGUUACCUUCUUUCCUUCACCACGGACCUUACCUUUUUCGUGACCUGACCACGACCACUGGUAGUCGUGGAGAAACUGCUGACCUGUUGAAAAAGCGGUGUGCCGCGCUGAUGGUGGUGGCGCAGAUCAAGAUGAGGUAUGAAGACCCUUUCGAUGUCGAUGCUUUCAUCAACAGUCUUCUCUUCCUCAAGAAGUACCCCGGCAAAAAUAUACGGAUGGAGGAGUCUAAGAUCCGGUCUCUGGUGGCAGCGGCGCGCCAGGUCCUCUUGGAACAGCCCACCCUAGUGGAACUGGAGGCGCCCGUCAACAUCAUUGGGGAUAUCCACGGCCAGUUUAACGACCUGCUACGACACUUCGAUAAAUUGGGAUACCCUCCUGAUCAAAACUACCUGUUCCUCGGGGACUAUGUGGAUAGAGGCAAGCAGUCUUUGGAGACCAUCUGUUUAGUCCUUGCCUACAAAAUCAAAUAUCCCAACAAUUUCUUCCUCUUGAGAGGCAAUCAUGAGUGCGCCUCCAUCAACAGAAUAUAUGGAUUUUAUGAUGAGUGCAAAAGAAGAUACAAUGUUAAGCUGUGGAAGACUUUUACAGACCUCUUUAACUGCUUACCCCUUGCGGCCCUGAUUGAGGGCACCAUCUUGUGUAUGCAUGGUGGCCUGUCUCCAGACCUUCACAAUCUUGAGCAGCUGAGAGCAAUAGAGAGACCACUAAAUGUUCCUGAUUCUGGUCUAGUCUGUGACAUACUUUGGGCUGAUCCAGAGGAGGAUGUGCGUGGUUGGGCACCCAAUGACCGUGGGGUAUCCUGGACUUUUGGAGGGGAUGUGCUCAGAGCAUUCCUUGAACACCAUAACCUAAGCCUGGUUGUGCGUGCCCAUCAGGUGGUUGAGGACGGCUAUCAGUUUUUUGAGAAGAGAUCAUUAGUAACAUUGUUUAGUGCUGCUAACUACUGUGGGGAGUUUGACAAUGCAGGGGCAGUGAUGGGUGUUAGUGAAGACCUCACCUGCUGGUUCAACAUCUUACCUCCCGAUCGUCGACGCACUUACAUUAAGAAAUGAGUGAUGGAAGCCUUAUUAGAGUGAUCAUUCUAUUUGUGGCUGUCGUUUGUCGAGUGUUCUACAUGACAGCAUGACAACGGCACUUCCGGUAGAUAACUCCAGCAUAACACAUAUGUGGAAAGCUGGAGCUCUCUAUAUCCUCCAGAUAUUAACUGAUUGUUAAAUUUCAAUAACAGCUCUUUUAUUAUGGAUUAUGUGAAGCUUUUGUUGCCUCUGCUACUCCAUUUCUUUUCUUUGUUUUUUUUCCAGUAGCACUACAACUUUAGUUUGGGUGGGCAUGGCUGUUAUGAAGACAGCACAUGUCACAGCUUUCAUUAGGACCACGUCAUUAACAUCCUGUGGCUCGUCUUUUUUUAAUUAUACUGACACAAAGAGUCAGUAUCCUUUUUUGUAGACAUAUUUUCAGUCUUGGAGGAUGUUCAUCUUUUAUGUGGAGUAGACUGAUAUAAACCAAAGAUUUAUAAGUUUCCAUAUAGCUGGUCAGUAAUUUAAAGUUUUAACUUUAAAUCUGUUUUAUCUUUGUCCUGAAUGUAUUUAUAUGAAUGUUCAGAUAGAAGGAUAAAUUAGAGAGACCAUUAUUAAAAGUCCCUCCAAAAAGCAACUUAGCAAACCAGUGUGAAAGCUAAGCAUUAUGUCUGCAUGACUGAACUGUUUUAUAGUUCAGAUGAUACUCCCUAACUCCUUUGAAUGCAGUGAGUACUAGUGGGUCGUCCCAAAAGCCGAGUGAAAUAAUGCAAAAUGAAAAUUAUUAUUGUGUAUUGUUUAUAUAGAAUCACAAUUUGAAAUUGUUUACAUUUAUUAGCCAACCAGUAACAGUACAUUCAAUACACAUUUUGUAUCAAAAAGCACCUACAUUAUAUCUGAAUUUUUUUGUUAUUGUGAUUGUAAAAUUAUUCUAUCUCUAUAGGGAUGUGAUCUACAUCUACUUUAAUCAAUGAUCAUACAAUAAAAUAUUUCUCAUUGGUGUAUUUGAAUUACCUGUCUUAAAAGCCACAUGCAUUGGGAUGACCCAUACAUAGCUACCAUGGAUAGAUCAGCCUGAAAGCCAUUGUUCCAGUCUUAUUGCAAUGCCAUUGUUAUAUAAUGACCAGCAGCAAGCAAUUUCUAACUAAAUAUGCCAUUUAAAAGUUAUAUGUACUUUACUCCAAUCUACAACAGAUUGAUACUCUAAAUAUGGUUGAUGGUUACUGCUCAUUACUGAGGUCUAUGGAAGGAGUCUGCAUGAGAUCAUGCAUAUAGCAGAAUGGAAAGACAAGAACACUUAUGCUUGUGUGAACAGUUAUGCUUGUGUUUAUUAGUUUAAUUUAUGUAUGUAUUUCUAAGUAAGAAUUUCUAUGUUUGUCCAUUGUGAUGAUCAACAUACAUGAAAACUAGAAAACAAAAAUUCCUGUUAUUGUUAAGGACAUGUGUAUCAGGCUUCAUUACACUGCACUUCCUGUGAAGGAAGAAAAAAACACAUCUCUUUCACUACUGUGGAGUUGUCUGCUACCUCUACCUUUUUGGAGAGAUGAGAAAAAUAAAUAAGUAAACAAGUAAAUACUCAUUCAGUUCUGCCAUACAACAACUACCUUUGUCCUAUACUACUAAGUAGAGGUGUGGCAAAUUAUAUUUAGAUCCAAUGUUUACCUUCCUGUUGGGAUGGGUUAUCUUUUUUUAAGCUGAGAAGGUCUUAAACUUAUUUAUAUUAUCUUUUAGAUGAAGAUGUUCCUGUUUGCCUUCAGUAAUUUCAUAGAAUUUCCAAGUGUACUAUUGUACCAAGUCCUAUUAUUGUUGAGCUCAGGAGAUUUACCUAAAACAUGUACUACAUAAACACUACAUUAUCCAAAGAAGAAAGUUAUGUUAAUUACAAAGCAUCCAACAUUACUGAAAAUUCAGUACCAUUGUUUAGCUCUUUAUAUGCAUGUCAACAUCAAUAUAAGAUUUAAAGUCAAAAUCCACUGAUAACAGUUUUUAUAGAAGCCGAUGCCAGAGCAUAAGAGUUGCUUCAUCAGACUAUUUUCAUUCUCUGAAUAUUCUCUAUCUGAUGAUACACUUUGGUGCAUCAUCAGAUGUAUGUAUAACCAAUAUCUCUGUAUUUAUCAAUAUACAGUUCAUUCAUUAUCAUUACACCAUAUGACACUUUGAAUUCAAAGUUAACAUGUUGCCUUGUGAAUUAUGAUCACUUUUAUUCAAGUUAACUUAGAUUAGUUCUAUUAUCUUUCUCUUUUCAUUUCACUGUGUUACUGAUUCACAAGUAACCAGUUUUCACAUCAGUGUUAAUUAUUUUAAGGGAUGGUAAAUUUAUCUGUAUUUUUCGAGAGCUCAUGAAAAGACACAGCUGGAAACACUGAGAAUUUAUAGAAAUUGUGAAAAUUGCAUCUGGAAAACCAAUAUAUUUUAAAAACUACAAGUUUAUAAAAUCAUUAACAAAUACUAGAAACCUUGCACAAUCACCUUUUACUCACAUACAAAAUGCACAUGACACUUAUUAUAUGAUAUUACUAUAAGUUAAAAGUAACACCUUUUGGGCCAUAUAUUGAUUCACUUACAAAUGUUUUGAAACACAUACAUGUCAAAUGAAAAACAAGAUCAUAGUUACUGAAAAAAAAAAAAAAAGUUCUGCUUUUCAUCAAAACACAAAAGAGCUAUUUGCUUUAUUUAGCACUAUGAUUCAGUAAGCUCAGAUAUUAUCACCAAAAGGUUUAUGAUAUUUGUUAUUACUUCAUGAUAUACCAGUAGCAUCUUGUUAGAAUAAAAUAGGAACAAUACUGUAUUCCUUCCUGUACGACAACUUAAUAAAUCAAGUUUUACAUG